CGCGCUGACCUGCCAUUUUGUUGUUGCGAUCAGAGCAGGGACGCAGCACACGAUAUCCUGUAAAUGAACAAUAAUCCUCUCUUAUAGCGGGUCAGAAGUAAAGCCGAGGCACGAUGCUCUCUGCUGCCCAGUUACUCGAUGAGUUGAUGGGCCGGGACCGGAACCUGGCUCCGGACGAGAAGCGCUGUAACGUGCGCUGGGAUCACGAGACUGUCUGCAAAUACUACCUGUGUGGCUUUUGCCCCGCUGAACUCUUCACAAACACACGAUCAGACUUGGGUCCUUGUGAAAAAAUCCAUGAUGAAAACUUGAGGAAAAUGUAUGAGAAGAGCUCCCGCUUUAUGAAGGAAGGAUAUGAGCGAGACUUCCUGCGGUACCUGCAGAGUCUCCUGGCCGAGGUGGAGCGCAGGAUUCGGAGGGGCCAUGCGCGUUUAGCCCUGUCACAAGCCCAGCAGAACUCUGGAGCACCGGGUCCAUCUGGGAAGAACGAGGAGAAAUCUCAGGUCCUCACCACGAAGAUUGAGGAGCUUGUUGUUCAGAUUGAGGAGUUGGGCUCGGAGGGCCGUGUUGAGGAGGCGCAGGGCAUGAUGAAGCUGGUGGAGCAGCUGAAGGAGGAGCGGGAGCAGCUCAGUUCCACUCCUUCAACGAUUGAGAGCUUUGCAGCUCAGGAGAAGCAGAUGGAGGUGUGUGAAGUGUGUGGCGCUUUCCUCAUAGUUGGUGACGCUCAGUCCAGAGUGGAUGAUCAUCUAAUGGGCAAGCAGCAUAUGGGAUAUGCCAAAAUCAAAGCCACGGUCGAGGAGCUGAAGGAAAAGCUGCGUCGGCGCUCAGAGGAUCCGGAGAAGGAUGAGCGAGGCAAGAAAGAGAAGGAGGACCGGGAGCGUGAAAGGGAGGAGCGUGAGAAGAAACGCAAAGAGGAGGAGGAGAGAGAGAAAGAGCGAGAAAAGGAGAGGGAGCGAGAGCGGGAGAAGGAGAGGGAACGUGAGCGGGAGAGGGACAGGGAUCGGGAGAGGGAACGGGACAGGGACAGGCGCAGGAGGAGUCACUCCAACAGCAGACACUCCAGCCGCGCGUCAGACCGCCGCAGGAGCCGCUCGAGAGACAGGAAGAGGUCCAGGAGUAAGGAACGUGACCGGAAGCGCAGCAGGAGCCGUGACCGAGAGAGGAGGCGCAGCCGCGAGCGCUCGGACAGGAAGCGACAUUCUCGCAGCAGGGAGAGGAGGAGGUCCCGCAGCUCUGAGCGCAAGAGCCACCGGCACCGCAGUCGCAGCAGAGACAGAGAAAAGGACAGAGGAGACAGAGACAAGGACAAAUCCUCUAGGGACAAAGAGCACAAGGACUCCUCAGAUGAGAAAAGGAGCAGCAGAAAGGGCUCGGUUGAAAAGUCUAAUGAGCUCUCCAAGCCCGAGUCCAUGGAGGCGGAGCCUCCCAAAGCGGAAGUGAACGGCACCGCGCAAGAGCUACAUUCUGAAGGUGACACACAGUCCAAUUAAAACUGAUCUGAUAGGACCUCAGAUCAGCCCCAGGGGGAGUUUGAACAGCUGCGAGAGGAAGACCUGAAGACCUCCAUCCGACAACUCUCCUCCGCUGCUUUAAAACAAGGUGAACCACAGAUGUAGUGGCCUAUAUGAUAAAGAUGUAAAUGUAAAACGGUCCCUUUUUCUGCAUUUCCACAGGACCCUUCGUGUUUUUUCAAUUAUGUUUGUUUGGUUUUCUUUGGUCUCACUGCUAUGAGCUGGCGUAGAUGCACAUGCAGGUCCACCAUUAUUUCUGUCAGUAUGCAUUCAGAAUGAAUCAAAUACUUGUGGCAUGUUUGCUCUGUACAGUCCGCUCUCACUUGGCACGUUAGAAAUAUUGACGAUUGGUUCUGCCCGGUAUUUUGACUGGAAGCCUUAAAGGUCUCUCAACUGCUUUGGUUUUCCCCUCUGUAUGCUAAAUCCCAAAUCUUUACACGGUUUUAGUUUAGAGAAGUGUUUUCAUUUUGUUCCAGUUU